GCGUGCACAUUUCGAUAUUCACCACAAGUCAAAUUUUAUUGACAUAUAAUCUAAAUUUCUAGUGCAAUACAAAAUAACAAAUUUGCAGUUAACGUUCAAUCAAAACAAACCUAAAAAAGUUCCAGAAUUUCUUUUACUUAAUCGACGGUGGGCGACCAUGAGCUCAUGCGCCGAUGCUUCGACCAGUACGACGAAACCGAAUCCGUUGCAAGACGACGAUCUCUCAGAAUUGACCAAAAGGGAGAUUCUCUUUUGGGCCCGUAAACUCAAACUAUCACCGUCGGAGCUCUUUACGCUGUCAAAACAAGACCUUGAGCGUCAUCUUGCACGAGCGCAGCAGGAAGAGUUUUACGAUGAGCAGCGUAAAAAUCAGUAUGCAAGGUUGGAGAAGUUGUCGGAGAUGAAACGAUUUCUGCUUGAGGAGCAAUACAAAGAGCGCCUAAAAGGUGGCGGUUCACCUAAUCGUCGUACCGUUUGGGACAUAUUGUGUACUGCUGCUAAUGAAAUCGAGUCUAUGUAUGCUGAAUGUAUGGAAAGCUCAGGCAGCUAUGGUGGUACACGUUCUUACUCACCUUCUCGAGAAUCCGGUUAUCAAUCCCCUUCGUUUAGCAGGUCUAGGCAACCUCCCGUCCCGAACAUGUGUUCGACCAUUUACCAAAUGCAUCCCGAAGAUUCUCGUUAUACGUCGCCAGGAUUUCCGUCUACACUUACGACCACGCCAAUCAGUUACACAUCAUCUCAGCGAAGAAAUAUUGUGCCUUCUUCACCUCUAAAUGCCACCUACAAUGUAAAUGCACCAAAUGCUACUUAUAACGUUUGUGCGCCGACGAAAGCAACUUUUAAUUUACAAAGAAACGGUGCUGCGAAUGCAACGUGCAAUGUCCGCCGGCCACAAAAUGUCACCUUUCAUGGGCCUCGUGCUAUCAGUGCCACCUAUAACACCUGCCCGCCACGGAAUGUCACAUACAAAGUAUCUCAAAAUCCAAAUGCAACAUACAAUGUAUGUCCUCAGCCAAGAAAUGCAACCUACAGCGUACCACGUGGCAAUGCAAAUGUUACCUAUAAUGUGCCGCAAGCACGUGCCACAAAUGCCACCUACAAUGUUUGCCCUAAUGCAACUUAUAAUGUGUCGGGUGGGCGUAAUCGCACUUUCAAUGCCGCAUCGCAACGAGGACGUGGGAAUAUCACUUUCGAUGUGGGCUCUCGCUCUCGCAACACGUCACCGAGCUUUGCGCCCAAUCCUGUAAUGGCAUCCACACCAAAGAAAAGCCCACGUACCGGCCGAAAGCCAUAUUUUCGUAAUUAUACCGACUACUGUAUGACACUAUCGGGGCUGGGCAUCACCGAAGCAUCACAAAGCAUCUCUUAUGAUGUUUUUAGUGAUAAUAAAAGAAUGGUCCGUGCCGCGGCACGAACUUACUCAAUCCCACAUCGUAGCAAAUCUUGUCCGCCACGUGAAAGCACUAGUGGUAGCCAAUACCCCGUUAACUCUGGCAGCAGUAUACAAUGCCCGCGAGCCGGCUCGCAGGACCGUUCUUCUAGGCGUUGCUUAUCACCAGUUAAAGCUCUAGCAGCGGCUAAUUUAGGAUUCUCACCGUUGGCACGACAAGCUGCUAGUCGUUCGGCCGAUAUGCCACAGCAUCUGUGUCAAGGGAAAAUAGCUCGCGGCUUUUGUGACUGUGAACGACGCUCACGCAGUGUACCGCGUUGCUGAGCAGACAGCGCCUGACGUUUAAUAAAUCUGUCUUACUUAGUAUAAGCGUGAAGUUUCGAAAGUUUUCCCUGUGUGGUCUUUAAGUCAAUAAUAUCAUACUUGCUGGAUGCACUUACGAGUUUAUAAAUUAAGUAAAUGUCAAGGAAUGGCAACACGAUGAAAAUGAGAGCUAAAAAUAUAUUGUAUUAUGUAAUAAAUU